AUGCAUAAGUUUCUGGCAUUGGGCCUGCUGCCGUACCUUCUGGGCUUCCUAAGCAGCACCAGGCUGACUUUUAUUGCACACGAUGAGUCAGACACUGCAAAAGCGCUUAACCAAAUUAUCAGAGGCUUGCAACCACAAUCUCUUGCUAUAUUGGCGCUACCAAGCCAAGAUCUAUCUGACGGUGUCUGCCAGAAAGACCGCGGCGUUUAUCUUGAUGAUUUUCUGCAUCGUCUUCAUCGCAGUAACUACAAGUCGGUGGUAUUCAGCAAGACGGAGCCCUUUUUUCAAUACAUUGAGGAAAACCUUCAAGGUGCAAACGAGUGCACUAGUCUGAUUUUGGAGGAGCCCCAGCAGCUGUUGAAUAGCCUCCACGAUCGCCAUCUUGCCCAUCGCUUAAGCCUAUUUAUUUUUUACUGGGGAGCACGUUUGCCACCCAGCUCCCGAGUAAUAAGUUUUAAGGAGCCGCUUCGAGCGGUAGUGCUAACUCGUCCUCGCAAGAAUGCCUUCCGCAUCUACUACAACCAGGCUAGGCCUUGUAGCGACAGUCAGCUACAGUUGGUUAAUUGGUACGACGGCGAUAACCUUGGUCUUCAACGAAUUCCUCUUCUUCCGACUGCAUUAUCCGUGUACGCCAACUUUCAAGGUCGUAUUUUUCGGGUGCCUGUAUUUCAUUCUCCGCCGUGGUUUUGGGUAACGUAUUGCAAUUACAGCUUCGAAGAAGACGAGGAGUUGAACAGCAUAAAGAAAAGAAAGGUUUGGGUCACGGGUGGUCGCGAUCACCGCCUACUCAUGCUGCUAUCUAAGCAAAUGAACUUUCGAUUUAAGUAUAUCGAAGCACCCGGUCGAACCCAGGGCUCAAUAAGGUCAGAAAAUGACAGGGAUUUGAACGACAGUUUCACGGGAGGGAUUGGAUUGCUGCAAAGUGGACUAGCAGAUUUUUUUUUGGGAGAUGUUGGUCUAAGCUGGGAGCGACGUAAGGCCAUCGAGUUCUCUUUUUUCACACUGGCAGAUUCAGGAGCGUUUGCUACACACGCCCCCAGGCGCCUUAAUGAGGCCCUGGCCAUUAUGCGCCCGUUUAAGCAAGACAUCUGGCCUCAUCUAAUACUUACGAUCAUAUUCUCCGGUCCUAUUUUUUAUGUUAUUAUUGCCCUGCCUUAUAUAUGGCGUCGAAGACGGGUCAACUCAGAUGUCGAACAUCUUGGAGAAUUAUAUUACCAUAUAACGUACUUAAAAGAGAUAACUCCACACUUAUUAAACUCCAAACCCAGAACUGGGCUGGUUGCCCACCAGAUGCCUCACCAACUGUUUCAAAAUUGCAUAUGGUUCGCUUUACGUCUGUUUUUAAAACAAUCUUGCAAUGAACUACAUAACGGAUACCGAGCCAAAUUGACCAUUGUAUACUGGAUAGCCGCGACCUAUGUUUUGGCCGAUGUAUAUUCAGCUCAACUGACCAGCCAGUUUGCACGACCUGCUCGCGAGCCACCAAUUAAUACUCUUCAGAACCUGCAAGCAGCGAUGAUUCACGAUGGUUACCGCUAUAUUGAGAAGGAAAGCAGUUCAUUGGAGAUGUUGGAAAAUGCAGAACUGUUUCGUCAGCUUUAUGCUCUGAUGAGGCAGCAGUGCUCAAUGACCUCAAGGAUAUUUAUUGAUUCUGUGGAAGCCGGAAUUAAACUAAUUGCCGAAGGCGGUGAGGAGGCAGUGCUUGGAGGGCGUGAAACACUAUUUUUCAACGUUCAGCAAUACGGAUCAAAAAACUUUCAGCUCAGUCAAAAACUCUACACUCGGUAUUCGGCGGUAGCCGUACAAAUCGGUUGCCCCUUCCUAGGAAGCCUUAAUAAUGUCUUGAUGCAGUUGUUUGAGGGCGGAAUCUUAGAUAAGAUGACAGCUGCCGAAUACGCGAAGCAGUACCAGGAGGCAGCAACCACGAGAAUAGACAAGGACAAGGUGCAGGCGAAAAGCAAUGAGGCUUACAGUCAUACCGAAAGCUACGACAGUACUGUUAUCAGUCCGCUUAAUCUACGAAUGCUGCAGGGUGCUUUUAUCGCCCUCGGAGUUGGUGCAUUGGCUGCAGGUUUAGUUCUGCUGCUAGAGAUAGUAUUUAUAAAAUUGGAUCAAGCGUGAUUGUGGAUUCUAAGCACACGCAUGCAAUGGUUUAGGCACGACAGUGAAGUGUAA